GUUGCGAGCGUCUAAGCUUUUCCAAGAAUUUUUGAAAGUUGGUUUGCUUUUUCCAGAUGGGAUUCUAUGAUGAAGAUGAGGAUCUUUUUUCCAACGUUCCAAUUUAUGAUAGAAGUUCACAGGAACCCGAAUCAAAGCGGUUACGACUGGACCUUUCUUUGCAGCCCAGUACUAGCUGGGCUAAUGAGCAUCCAUAUUCGAGUUUUGAUGAAACCUUGGACAAGCCUGAUACCGUAGAUGCUGACGACGAUGACGAUCGCGAUCCGGCAGAAAUUGAGGCGAGAUUAUCAAAACUUCGACUCAUUGGGAUGAAAAAGAGGCCGGGUCAUGCUCUCCGUCGCUAUCUACUCAAUAAAGUCGCUAAGGGGCUAGAAGCCAAUCCAUGGCUGUCCACUGUAUACACGGAGAAGGAUCUGCGCAAGAAGCUACGACGUUAUAUACUCGGAUUGGUAGUUCGAGCCUGUGAAAAUGAAGGAGUGGAAGAUUGUCAACUCGAUCGGACGAAUGAAGAGGCAUUCAGAUUCAUAGAUCGAUUGAACGAUGAGCUUGUGCAAUCGCUCGCAGCUGUCGGGACUUUUUCGUCAGAGCAGAUCCGAUGUGCUCGAAGUAAUUGUCAAAAGGCUUUUGUCCCGAGGAAAACGGCUACUGCUUUGGUCUCGCGGAUUAAUGGCAACUACACUCAAUGCCAGGUGCCAGAAUGUCCGAAAAGCAUUGACAACAAUGAUGAUGUGAAUUACUUAAUUGUCGAAGGCGGCUCAUAUAGCCACAGACUGGAAAUCCCAGAUUUCCAGCAGUCGAUUACAAAGCUUUUGUGCUUUUGUACUUUUCAUGGUGGCUUAUACGAAAUGAUGUUUGACUUGAUUCAUAUGAAAUGGAAUCUUUACAACAACUGUUUGGUUCAUGUUAAAAAGAUCCUGGAAGAGAAGCAUUUCAAGGAUAGUGAUGAUGUGAUUGACGAGCUACCUGCUGAUGUAAUCAAGAGCUUAGUCCAUCACCAGAUGGCACGCUAUUUCUGUUUCUGGGCUUUUGGUGACGUCGAAAUGUGGGAAAGAAACGGCUGUACGCUAUUCCAGUUGAUCAACAUCAGUGACUGGAGAUAAGAUUUUCUUCUUAUUGUACGUCUUUCAUUACGUUGGCUAGUCCCAAGAGAUUGUUUCAUGCUAGCGCGUAUUCGAGCUCCUCGUAGCUCCUAUUAGUUACAUUAUGUUCGAAGCUGCCUCUAAGCGCGAAAACCAUGGAGUUGACAGAAGAAGUUGAAAUCAUCUAAGGGAAUUGGUGUAUUUCUAGCCUUUCAUAUGCCACCAAGAUAUGAAAUUGGGGCAUAAAUUCGUCGUU